AUGGGGGUGGGGGUCGGGGCCCCGGGGUCUACGAAACCCACACCCGCCGGUCCCAGAGCUCACCCACUGUGCAGCCGGAGCUCGCCGGGGUCCUCGGGCCCUUCCGAGCCGCUGGCGACUAAGCUCAGCCUCGCGGGCCUGGGGGCGAAGCGCGCGGAGUCCCCGCGUGCCGGGAGCGCGGGAGGCCCGCCCCGCCCGGAGGCCUCGGCGCCGCCACCGGCGGCCUCCGCGCCGCGGCCCGCCCGGCCCGGAAUGUGGCGGCGGCGCGCCGGAAGAAGAAAGCCGGGCGCGCGAGGCCCUCUCCGGGGGGCGAGCCCGCCGCCGCCCCACGCGGCCCCCGCCCGUCCCCGCGCGCCGCCUGGCCGGCUGUGCGCGCACCCGCUGCCGUCCCGCGCGCGGGGCGACUUUGCGCCUCCCGUCUCUUCCCCCCGCCCCCCCCCCUCCCCCCGGGAAAGAAACUCCAUCCCAGGAAAUUACAGAGACUUGCGGCCGAACCAGAUCCCGCCAGCUCUCCAUCCAGAAAACAGACUACAUCUGUGGCCAGCAAAGAGAAACUGGGCUUUGAAGAUGAAACACCUUGUUCCUCAAUUCCCUUCCGUCUUGGCCAUCUAUUGCUUCUGCAUGCUACAGAUUCCCUCUUCAGUAGGAUUUCCUCGACCUCUAGCUGAUCCCCCAGAUGGCUUGGAUGUCAUGCAGCUUGAGCGUCUGGCAUAUUGGGCAACUCUUUCUAGGCAACUUAAGGAUAAUCAAGACAUAUACAAAAGGUUUUUAUUUCACUACUCCAGAACUCAGAAGCUGACACAGCCAGUUAAAAGUGGGAUUCCUCCCGUGCACCCGUUAAUGCGCCUGGCCGCGCAGCUCGCAGACCGGAGGGUGGAAAGAUUUCCGCAACAGCGCGUAGGUGCUUUUCUCUUGGGCCCUCUUUUUAUGCCACCCCAAGUUCACUUAACCGUGGAUUCAGGGACUGCCACAGUGGAUUUCACCAAGAAGGAUCACAUUGCCACCCGGGGACGACCAUUUUUCCUUUUCAGGCCAAGGAACGGAAGAAACAUGGACGAUAACUCCCGGUAGGAUACUCCAAGAAUUCGGUGGCAAAGAGAAACUGGAUCAGAUAAAGAAACCGAGCAAUUAUUUUGAACACGUGUCAACUUUCUUUCUGUGAACAAUAAAAGAUAAUUCUCUUGCUCUAUAUUCACUAGAAUAUUCAGUUGCAUAAAAAAUAAAGCAGCAU